UACGACAAUACACCAUGUUUCUUUUCAUUGAACAUUGCUAUAUCAUUGUUUUUUAAAUUCAUUUCAAGCACAUUCGCUUACAAAACGUGGAAACCUUAGACUAAUUAAACUCAUAACGUGCAAACACAACCACCAAGCCUUCCUGUUGCAAACACGAAACGCCCUGCUAAACGUAUCUGUUGCACACAGCAGACUCAACCACGCAGCCUUGUUUUUCGCAUGCUUAUAGCUCUUGUUGUUCAUCAUGGAGAAUAGGCGUUCCAGUUUUGCCUCUCGCCUACCCCAAUCGACAAAGUCAAUGUCGCCCAAUCGACCUGCUCUCCGUGAUACUUCCAUGUCGAGUAUUCCACCUCCCACAAUUCGAGCAGGAAUUCCAGCUCCAAGGGUUACAAAGCCGCGGAUAUCACUGUCAACGCUUUCGUCGGAUCCUCAGCAGCUGAAAUCCAACUACCAAAGUUCUAAAAUGCCUCCUCCCACCGUUUCUGCAGCACAUCAUCCUUCGCCUGUGGGCGGAGGAAGCAUCAUUGUUGGCAAAACGAGGCCUUCUUCACAAUCGGCAUUUGCUCCUCCUUCAGCUACUCGUCCAAAGCUGUCUAUGUCUCGUCCUUCCUCAUCUUCCUCUUCCGGUACUGGAUAUCGAAGCGUAAGUGUCGGUUCUCGCACUCCUCCGUCACGUCCUCCUAGUACAACAUCUUGUCGACAACCGUCUACGUUUUUUGAACGUGUUGGCCGUCAUAGUUUGGGAUCUGCGGCUGCAUUGCCUUCGUUCUUGGCUUCCAAUCAUACAAAUGCAAGUUCAAGCAAUACAAAUCUUGCUUUAUACCCAGAGGCCUACGACCUUGAAUCACCUACUACUCCACUUGCGUCCGCUGCAGCAUUGUCAGAAACAGAAGCUCGCCUUAGAGCCAUGGAAGAAAUGUACACUCAGCUUUCUCAGCAGAUCGCCAAGCAGCAAGAACGAGACAGUCCGCCAAGUAAUGAUUCAUCAAUGUCAACAACAUCUAGCAAUAUCUUACAGCAACAAAUUGACAUGCUGCAAUCGUCUUUGCUUUCCGAGAGGAAACGGUUUGAAGAACUGCAGGCCCGGUCGACAGCACUCAUUACUGAAAAGGCAGAGAGUGAUGCACAACAAAUUAUUCUGAAAAAGCAAAUUGAAAGUCUCUUGCAGGAUCUCGAGAACACACGUACUGACUUUUCCAUGAAACGUUCCGUCGUUGAACAAAACCAUCAAAAAGAGUGUGAACAACGAGAUGCUGCACACGCUGAAGCCAUGGAGCGACUUCGUCGUGAACAUGAACUGAAUUGCAUUCAGCUUGAACAAAAAGCAGAAUUAGAACGACAAAGAAUUCAGCAACAGCACCUUGCAGAUGUGGAACGAAUUCAGCAAGAAGCGAAUAACCAUAUCUCACAGGUGAAGCUGCAGCAGUAUAACCAGACGCAUGAGCUGCAGGCAGAACACGAACAAAUGACCCUCAAGCAUCGUCAGCUGCAAGCAGCACACGAGCAGGCAUUGAAAGAUUUAGAAGUACAGAAAAAGGUGAACGCUGAUCUUCAGAACGUUAUCACCGAGCAAAAGUCUUCUCUCCUCGCUUUUGAAUCGGAAAUUCGAGCCGUUCGAGGAAAGGUUACCGAACUUGAAACGGCCAACCAAAAGCUUCGUGAUCGUGUAGACGAGCUGCAGUCCCUGCUGCAAAACAAUGAGCAGCAACGAGAUGGGUUGGUAGAAAAGCUUCUUCGUGAAGAGACACUACGCCGUCAAAUGCACAACACGAUUCAAGAGCUUAAAGGCAAUAUCCGUGUGUUCUGCCGUUUACGUCCUGCUCAACCCCAAGAGUUGGAGGCUGAUGGAAAGAUUGCGAGCAUUACCUUCCCGCGCGACAAUGCGGAUGACAUGCAGUCUCUCGAGAUUGUCACCGAUGGACCAACAUCUUCGUUGGGUGGAAACAAUAGUCGACGCUACCCAUUUACCUUUGACCGUGUUUUCCCUCCUGAGACUACGAACGAGGAAGUAUUUACCGAGCUUUCGCAGCUUAUUCAGAGUGCCAUGGACGGUUACAAUGUAUGCAUCUUCGCGUAUGGUCAGACGGGUUCAGGAAAGACGUACACGAUGUCGUCGAGAGACGGAAUGAUUCCUCGGGCUGUUCGAAUGAUUUACUCCAAAGCAACUAAUUUGCAGGAACGAGGAUGGAUGUACGAGAUGCAUGGUCAGUUCCUUGAAAUCUACAACGAAACCAUUAACGAUCUCCUCGAUGAAUCCACGGGAGAGGACGCUGAAAAGAAACGCUAUGAAAUUUAUCACGACACGAAAGAGGGCCGCACCAUGGUUACCAAUUUAACGACGGAAGUGCUUGAUUCUCCAGAACGUGUUUCUUCACUAUUGGAACGCUCCUCGCGGAACCGUUCUGUUGCCAGCACGAACGCGAACGAACGCUCUUCGCGUUCGCAUUCUGUUUUUAUGCUCCAUUUGCAUGGAGAGAAUGCCAUGACGGGAGAAUCAUGUCGGGGAACACUCAACUUGAUUGAUCUUGCUGGUUCGGAACGCUUGGCGCACAGCCAAAGUUCGGGAGAGCGUUUGAAGGAAACGCAGGCCAUUAACAAAAGUCUUAGCAGUUUGGGUGAUGUGAUUCACGCACUGGGCAGUGGCCGCGAGGGCGUCCAUGUUCCGUAUCGUAAUUCUAAGUUGACUAAUUUGCUUCAAUACUCUUUAGGAGGCAACAGCAAAACUCUUAUGUUUGUGAACAUUUCGCCCUUGCAACAGCACGUUUCAGAGACUUUGUGUAGUCUGCGUUUUGCAACCAAGGUCAACAACACACAGAUUGGUACUGCUCGUCGAGUAAGUCGUUAAUAGGGGAAAAGAUGUAUCUGAUUGCGAGACUUGCUUGCGUCUUGUCUUCCCUUCAAAAACUCUUAUAUCCUCGAUCCGGGCUUUUGCUAUCCCACAUUCGGCGCAACUGUCCGUAACUGUGUAUUACCUUCUUGUCUUUCUUCAACCUAUGUUUAUGUCACCCCCUUUUACCUCUCUCUUUCUCUCUCUAUCUCUCUCACACUUUCACUUUCUCCCUGUUUCGUCUCUUUCCCUAAACGCCUCCGAGAUUCCCACUGUCUGUGCCCUGUCUCUCACAGAAUCUAGUCAUUUGAACCUAAAGCUCUGGCUGGCUUCGGAUCUUCUUCCGCUGUCCUUGACGACAUGUUCCAAUGACAUUGUGACACAUAGACAAAAACUUUAUACAAACACAUUCACUCUCUCACAUGCUUACAAGCGCAUAUACACGCACAUACACGCAUUCCCUUCUUCCUUUUCCUUCCCUCUCUCUUCUCGCUUGUGCACCGACGAUACUCAAUUCCUCUAUUCGUGUACGGAGAAUACCCUUUUUAUUGAUAUGUUUAUGAUCGCGCUGACCAAACGAGUAUGAACCGCCAACCCAUUUUGGUCAAUUCCGUUUUGUUCGAACGCAAUCUCGUUUUUUCUCCCUCAGCAGCUGCCGUCUUAACUCGUUCUUCUGCGCUCGCUUAUGGCCACGUGUCUGCUACUGCUGCUUCGCUUAUGGUCUCGUUCGCUUGCUCGCUAAUACUCCUUAUUCGGCUUAUCCUAGAUCAUCUUGCAGCUGCUGCCAGCAAUGGCUGAUAGCAAGGGCAAUGUCAUCAUGUGGGGAUGUGGGGGCCGGACUAGAAGUUUCUCGACACUACACGACUCGAUGUACUUAACCUUUACCAACCACGGAUUUUUUACCUUCCUUACCCACCUUCUGCCGAUCUUUCGAAUAAGUCGUCUGUACGUUAAUUUGAGAC